AUGCCUUUCAAACAGCCCCUCGGUGAACGUGCCGAAAAUCGCAUCGCUCCGUCUUUUAUUCGGUUACUAUUUCCACAGUAUUUUACCUACUAUUGCAGCCACUGGCCGAUAAAGAGAGCGGUAGUCGGCGAGCGAGUUGUGCUGCAGUGCCAGUUGGACGGUCAUCCGACACCGGCCGUGAAAUGGCUCAAGGAUGGUCAUAACGUUUCCAACUGCCCUGACUAUGAG